AUGUGCCUAGGAUACCUCCGGGAAGUUGAAGUCACCUAUCAGGAGAAACCUCUGAUAGCUAGCCAGGGUUUCUUGCAUAACCCGCAAAAGUUCUGUAUCUUCCCAGGGAGUCGCAAGAGGUGCCUCGACUCCAGUGACGUCGUAUACUUGCGUGGUAACAAUUUGCGACUCGCAUCUGGUGUACUCACACGACAACUGGUUCAAGCCAUGACGGAAAUUACCGACUUGAAUGAUGCUACUACGCACAACCGACACGUGGACCAAAUCCACUUCAAAUCAUCCACGGACCAGCGGCAUCAAGAGGCAAGCGAAGGAGACAAUCAGUUGCAUACCCAAUGA